UUGCUCUUUGGUCUCGUUCGCGGCUCCUGGCUGACUAGAGAUUGCGUUGACGACCAGAUUAGUGACCAUUCUUAUCGCCACCUCGGAUCCGAGGUUUUUUUCAGAGCUCGCAGACGUGGUAGAGAAGGAAAGCAAGUGCUGCUCUCUCCUGCUGCCAAACUAGUCAAAAUGCGCACGCGACAAAUCGCUUACUGCGCAACUGUCGCAACGGCACUCGUCGUCGCCCCGCACCGCACCCGACCGCUCACGCGGCGGCCUGCGACGCCCAUCCCACCGCCAACGCCAUCGGGCGCGCGCAUCGUCAUCAGCUACUGCCAGGGCUGCAAGUGGCUCCUGCGGAGCGCGUACUUUGCGCAGGAGCUGCUGACGACGUUCGACGGCGGCGAAUUACGAGAAGUGGCGCUGUCGCCGGCGCCGGUCGCGGGCACGUGGACCGUCUCCGUCGACGAGCAGGUCGUCUGGGACCGUAAGGCCGACGGAGGCUUCCCCGAGGCGAAAAUCUUGAAGAGGCGAGUGCGAGACGUCGUCGCGCCGGACGCGUCGAUCGGCCACAGCGACGCCGUUCCAGCCAAGGAGCCCGCGAGCGCAGGCUGGGAGGACGACUGGCUCGCGGAGACGUCGCUGUCGAGCGACGGGUCCGCGCCGGACCCCGCCGUGCCGCCGGGCCUCGCGGGCCUCGGCGGGACGGCACGUUCUGUCGCCGGGGCCCUCCUGGGGAAGGGGUCGGUGCCGCCAGGAAGCUUCGUCGACGGCGGCCGCGCGGCCGCCGAGGAGCUCCUACGCAAGGCGGGGGAGAAUAGUGGCCUGGAUUUGUGA